UACAUGCUUUCUAUUUGGAACAAAACGUGCAGCAUUCAAUGGAGGCGACUUGGUUGAUAAACUAGGAAAUUCAAAUAAUCAAUAUUCAACAACUUUUCUUCUAUUAUUGCUCGAGAAAGUGACAUUUUUAAAAAAAAGGGUUGCUACAGCUCAGGAAAAUCAGAGAAUUCAGGGAAAAAGUCAGGGACACUAGAAUUGGUCAGGAAAUUUAGAGAAACGUCAGAUAAACGAAAAUGUCGCAAGGAAAUGGAAAAUCAAAUUCCGAAGUCAAGGAUCUGAUGGAGGAUGAAAUGGAAGACUGGUCGGAAUUAAUGGACAUGUCGGAUUCAGAAGUCAAAGAAGAUUUAGAAACUUUAGAUGAAACGGAAAUUGCGGAAAAAUUGCACACAAUAUUAGAUGAAAAACUAGCGACUUGUGAAGUUAAUGAUCUUGAUAGAAGAAUAUUUUCAACCUAUCUUACAGAUGCUAGUAAAACAUUCGUUCAGCUAAUUACAGAGAUUGAUAAAAAAUUGUUAGGCAAACGAAGAAAUGAAAGUGACAUUAAAGCCAAAUUGAAGACUUGCACUGAUCUUUUGGAGUGUUGGCAAAAAUGUAUGAAGCACUUGAAAACUUUGAAGAAUGUUUCCAUAACACAAAUAAAAUCAUUUCCUAAUAUUUUGUUUAACGUCGUAAAAAGUGCUUUGAGCUUCUGUGAAAUGAGUGAAAUGAAAUAUGGAGAGGCUUUCACCAAUUUUAGUGAAGAAAUUGCUAUUAUUUUUCAAAAAUCUAACGAAAUUUUGAAUUCCUUUCUCAGCGUUUCCGACACUGUUAUUAAUUUUAAUGUCGAAGAGGAAUCGGAAUUAAAUAUUUUGAGCACAAUCAUAAAUGAAAUUGGUGAUACUUCUGUAAUGGUAAAUCGAUUAGAUCUGAAAACUAUAACUGGAAUUUGGAAACAAUUUGGAAAAUUGGCAACAAUCCACGGCGAGAAAAUAAAUUUGAAAUAUCCAGAACGAAUCACACAACAUUUUAAAUCUUUAGCUGAAAAUAUUGUUUCCCUAAUAUUUUCAUCUGUGAACAAUUUUUCAACGAAAAAAGAGUUAGUCCGAGACAGAGAUAAUCAGCAAAAAGUAAAUGAAAAUAGAAUUUCUUGUGGCAAAAUUCUGUUGAAAAUUCUAAAUAAAUUGUGGAAUAUUUAUUAUUUGUCAGUUACUGAUGAAGUUGCAAAUUCCAUCGUUAAAUUACUGGUUCAAAUGUACAGAUAUUCUUCGCCUUGCCUGAUUGCAAUGAAUGUUGAUUCUUCUAUUGUUAAAUUUAUCAAAAUGAAUAUUACAACCGAUUUGGAUACUUUAUUAAAUUUUGUCUUUAAUGAUGAACAUGUGUUUAAGGCAUUUUUCGAAUUCGAAAGAGGAGAUGACACUGAAGUCGUUGGAUAUCAUUUGUUAACUUUAAAUAUAAUGAGAAAAUUAAUAAAAUCGCCCUACGAUAUUCAACGAAAAUGGGUACUUGACGAGCCUUCUAUUCUCGAUGUUGCUUUUACAAAUAUUGAUCUUUUGCAAUUAGAAAUUUGUUUGGGAAAAUUACAAGUAGAAGUAACUCGAAAUCUUGGAGAAAGUCCAAAAACAUUGACAAUUUAUGAGGAGACAUUCACAAUGUGUUGGGGCUUAAUUUGUCAAGUAACGCCUUCUGAUUUUGGAAGAAUUGAAAAUUUAUUAGUAAAAUACUUGAUGAGUGGAAAUUAUUGGAGUUCCCUAUUAACAGUUGAUGUGUGGUGCAUAAUUAGCAGAUGUGCUUCGACGCAAUUGUGUUACGAUCAUUUGAAAUAUUUACUGAAAGUUUAUGAAAGAUUAUCAGAACGAGAAAACAGUUUGGAAGUAGUCUUUCUUUCUUUCUUAAUUAGACGAAUUUAUCGAACUUUAUCGGAAAACAAAAAAGAUUUUUUCGUUGAAAAAUUAGAUGAUUCUGGCAAUGAUUUUUGGAUUGUUCUUUCUCAAGUGUUGACCCCCAAAGGGAAAAGCAUUGUUAAGAGAAAAGCAGGAGAGACUGGGAAUGACAUAUCGAAAAAUUUUCAACUCCUUAAACAAAAACCUUCCAUAAAAUCGUGGACGUAUUUCAUUUCAUUGUUAAAGAUGACUGAAAUUUAUUCCCACGAGCAAGAUAAACAAAUUAUGAAUACUCUUUCUAAUAUUUGGAAUUCCAUAGUCGAAGUGAUUGAAUUCUGUGAAGGAAUUGAUUUAAUUCUUAUUUCAGAGUUGAUGACGGCUCUUUUUCAUUGUCAUAUUCCGGGCAAUGAAAGUUUUAAGGACGGAACUGUAUCUUCGAUUUUGAAAUUAAUGACAACCUUGCUACCGUAUGCACCUCCAUAUAUACGAAUACAAUUGCUCAAUUGGCUGAAAAAUGUAUUAAUCCAUACGACAGAUAACAUGUCUCGUUUAUCGGUUCCAAUUGCUGAACUUUACGUUCAACUUUUGCAAGACGAGACUCCUUGGGUCCGUCAAGAAGCCUUUGAGUAUUUCAAUGAUUUUACACGAUCAAGUCCGAAUGAAAAUCUCGUUGGAAGUGUGCUAAAUAUAAUAAUUGAUAAGACAGCAUUAUCGGAAAGUUUAUCAGCUUACAUUUCAAGAACAUCAUAUUACAAAUUGUCUGGUUUCUCGAAUACUGAAGCUUAUUUCCGUCAGUUAGUGGGAGGCUCUCGAAAAAUUUUACAGCAACACACUUGCUACGAGAUAAAUGAAAGAGAAGAUAAAUUUCCAAAAUUGGAUGAUUCUCCUGGAAUAUUAGCCUCUUCUGCUAAUACUGAUUUCAAUGUGAAUAAAAAAAUUGAAAGCCUAUGCGAUCAGUUGGAUGAUCUCUCAAAUUGUAAAAAUGAAAUUAGCCAAGAAAGUUUUGAAAGAUUACGACAAACUUUUUUGAAAAUUUGUGAUCAACGCGCUUCUUAAUUCAAUAAUUCGUGAUCAAUUUUGUAUAUUCUUUUUUUAUAGUUAGCGUUAAGUUUUGUGAAUUUAAUCCACAUGUACUUCUUCGAAGUCUGAAAAUUAUAAUUCGGUUAAUAGGGUAUAAAUUAAUUUAAAGUGGA